AUGCGCGGCAUACCUUCGAAUCGAAUACGGAGAAAAUAUCGAGGUGAAAUUACUAAUGAGACGCUCUCGAUUAACAACGCUCCACAAUACAGUCAGUCCUGGAGCUCAGUGCACUCGCCUUGGGAGCGACGAGUGAGUCAUCUCAAUAAGCAACUGAACGUCAUCGUCAAUCAGCAACACAUAUGGUCCGAUUCCAAAACAGCUUUCCAUUGGUCAAAACAUUUGGAAAUUUACUACGUGAAGACUAUAAAGAAAAAUGCACCGAAAGCAACUUUUCGAUAUGUUCCUACGAAUGCCAACCCAGCUGAUAUCGGCAGCAGGGGAUCAACAAUAACAGAUUUGCGCUCCCACGACCUAUUGUGGAGCCGACCUCCCUUUCUACAGCUCAGUAUGGGAAAAUGGCCGAAAGAUAUUAGCGAUGGAUUGGCGAUAGAAACUGUAUCUGCUGCCAUAACAACACAGGAAGAAGCACCUGUCAUCGAUAAUACAUUGCCGUGA